AUGGAUGCCACAAAGGCCGAGCAGCAGGACGUGUCGAAUGCCUUGCGUCGAGAGCACCGCCAUCAGAUCGACGCCGAAGAGCUGCGAAGGCGCCUUGAACAAGUCAGCACACGGCAAGCAGAAGAGGAAUCGCACUCACAUGCCACUUCGAAGGCUUCGGCAAAGAGCCCUGCAGAAGAGGCACUCGACGACCCGCCCUCGCGAUUGAUGGCGCUGCCUUCCGAGCUCCGCCUUCUGGUAUACGAGCACUACCUCAAACUUCAGCUACCACACGAAAACCCAAGGCUCUUACUGCACGGUCGCGCCGAGAAGACUUCUGUGCGUGUCCUACCUCUUCUGGCGGUCUCGACUCAGGUCAGAGCAGAGUUCUUGCCGUUGUGGGCCAGCAGGAUUACUUUCGUCCUCGGGCCAGAGAGAAAUGCCUCCUACCAGGGAGAGUGCCUCGACGUUCUUCGAGACACAGUUCUACCGCAUAUCCGCAAAUUCUGCCUGACACGCGUGACUGAAGGAUAUCACUGGCUCAUCACCCUCAAGGGAGCCCGCGCAGCUGAUUGCAGCAUCAUGCCGGACAGCUACUUCCACGAGGGCGCUUUCAAGGUGAAUUGUAUGGCAGACGACUCGCGUGCUGCCAUGGAAGAUUUCCUGCGCGACAUAUCCCGGCACAGAAGUCCGUUAUGCCUCGAGAAACACGAGAUCUACGAGCUCGGGGACAUCUCCUUCGACAUGCAUCCAGACAGACCUCUCCGGUUCCGGCAAGCUGCUCGUCGCUAG